CAACAACUCUUCGCCUUGCGCUUUUGUCGCAAUUUGGUAACAAAGAGUACACCGAAUUAACGCGAGUGCUCGAACUGAAUUCCUAGCGUCUGGUACCCAUCACCAGAACUAUUUUCACCUAUUUCUCUCAACGAUUCCGGACACGCGAACGGAAAAUUUGACGACCGCCAGCUCAGUCAUUCACAUAUUGCAUUGAGACGGGUCUAUUUUUGAAUUUCACGACUCUUGCUACGUACUUCAAGAACUAAAAUUAGUGACUGUACGUCCUGACAUUCCAACCUCGCUCCUGCACUUCCACCAAAACUGACAAUCGCCUUGAUCAUAGCUUUUAACGAUGAUGAAUCCUUAUAUCAGCUGGGCUCUCCUGCUCGUGGUGGCAGGUGGCCUUGGAUGGUACUACAACGGCCCCUCCCCGAAGGUCAAGGCCCCGAUCAAGGCUAUCACAGAGAAAGUCGAGAGUGCUCCGGUGGUGAAGAAACAGAAGCGGAAGACGAAGAAGUCCUCGGAAGCCUCCCCCGCACCCAGCAAAUCUGUUGAGGAGCAGCCUGCAGCUCAAACUACGGGCUCGCAAGUUGAGGAGCAGGAUGAGGAGAUUGACCGUAAGGAGUUGGCCAAGCGCUUCAAUGCGGUGAAGAACGGUAUUCCGGCUCAAACCAGUGCUCCUACCAGCAAGCCUGCCAAGAAGAAGAAGAGCAAGGGCGCCCUUCCCCAGCUCGAAAACGACGAGCGCUCGGCUUCGCGUAUUUCCACCCGCACUUCGUCUACCACCGGUGCUGAUGCCGACGACGACCUGUCCCCCGCUGGUUCUCCUGUUGUGAACGCCACUGUUCCUUCCGCUGGCUACAUCUCCGACAUGCUCGAGGCUCCGGCCCCUGGUGCCUCCGUUCUCCGCGUCACCGGCGCCGCACCGGCCGAGGCUCAGAAGAAGAAGACACAGUCUUUCAAGCAGGUUGAAAGCAAGAAGCAGCGCCAACAGCGACUGAAGAACGAGGCUCGUAAGCAGCAGGUUCAGGAGGCCGAGGAGCAGAGACGCAAGUUGCUCGAGAAGCAGCUCCACACGGCCCGCGAAGCUGAGCGUCGCGAGGCGGCCAAGUCGAUUCCUACUGCACCCCAGACCAACGCCUGGCAGACCAAGGCUGCUCCCAGCGCCACCAACGGUACUUCUCAGCCCGCCGUGGCCCCCAAGGUCGAGCUCUUGGAUACGUUCGAGCCAGUUGCCCCCGCCUCCAAGCCUGCCAAGGAAUGGGAUCAGGGUCUUCCCUCCGAGGAGGAGCAGAUGCGCCUUCUGGGUGCGGAGAACGGGCAGGACCAGUGGACCACCGUCUCCAGCAAGAAGAUCAAGAAGAAGAGUGGAAAGACGGACGAGAGCGAAGUCAGUGCUUCUGAGAGCCAGCCUACCCCUGCUGCUCCUUCUCCUGCCCCCGUUGAACCCAAGGUGAAGGUGACUCCCACCUAUCUCCCCGAUAUUCUCCGCUCCAACCAGAAGGGACACCCUCUCGACUCCGACUGGGCUGCCUAAGCAGGUCCUUUUCCGGCGCAGAAGAUGAAAUCCCGGCUAUGUGCAAGAUGCCCUUCGGACACAAGCCGGAUCCAACUAAUCCGUGGGCUGUAUUUAUACUCAUGGCUUUGGCGUUUGGGACAUAUUAUUCUUCAUCGAAAACUUUUCGCAUGUAUCUGGCACAUUGCUCUGUUCCAGCCACCCCAACAUGGCUGCGACGACGGAGACCCUCGAUUGGCCGAAUAUUUUCGAAAAUCCCUCCGUUCUUCUUCAAAAGCCAUGUACCUUUUUUCCUUUAUAUCUUCACCUGUUAUGCUCGGUUCUACCCUCUU